CCAGCGGGGGUCGAUUUAUCGUGUCUAGUGUAGACAUGAUAAAUCGACCCCCGAGCCCUCUGCCGUCGACUCUUGUACUCCACCGCCAUGAGAGGCACAGGCAGAGUUGACGGGAGAGCGACUGCAGUGAAGACACCGCGCUAAACACUGCAGGAAGCUGCUUUAGACUGCCAUGUGAAUCCCUACAAAGUAUUUACAGAAAACAGCAGCUGGGUUUUCAUUUUAAUUAUGAUGACUUUACAUUUUGGUGACAUUUUUAAAUGACAGUUUACCUUCAGAUAUGAAUAUGUGAGACCAGAUUGUCCCACUGAUGUCCUCAUCAAGAUUUGUCAAGGACUGGUGGACACACAAUUAUUCGAUGGACACUAUCUCAAAAUCACAAUCCACUGGCCUAUUUUUUCCUAGAAGCUUACCCUGCAGGACAGUGAAACAGCUGGAUCAAAUUUCUGAACUUCCUUCAUGUGAUCUUAUGCUUGCGGCUUCAACAGGAUUCACAGUUCCAUGACUUCCAAAACAUUUAGACAGAAAUAAACAGAUGUCUACACUUUCUUGAAAUUCCAUAUUAGUCAGCUAUCUUUGGGCAGUAUCAGAAUUGGGGUAUUGUUCCAACAUACAGUUCAAUUUGAAGACUCAUAGCAUAGAUGAAAAAUCUGAGAGUUCUUUUUUUACAAACUGUUUGUUUAAGAUGGACAAACUGUUGUUAAUUUGGAAAAAAGACUAGUAACUUCCUAGGCAUUGUGUCCUUGCUUACAUGAAUAACAGCUGCUACUGAAACAAUUACUCAGAUAUAGUGUGGGUUUUUUUAGUGUGUAUUAAAAAAGUAUUAGAAAUUCUGCAAUAACUUUACCUGCUUUGAUAAAAUAGUCAUAUAAGCAAUAUCAUUUUUAUGUUAAAGUAGCAAGCUUUUCAAUUUGUAAGUAAUUUUUAAAACCAGAUUUAACCCUUUUAAUUACUUAUUUAUUUGAGAAUUCCCCCUCUUCCCCCCCCCCCCAUAACAUAAAAUCAACUGGUAAUCAUGCAGUAAGAAAUUUCUAAUAUAGGUAUUUAUUUCUGCCAAUAUAAAAUGAAAGUAUAAAUAACUAGUUCAUGUUAAAUUGUUUUAAGUAGUAGAUGAUGAUGAUAUUUUAAUCUUCACAGAAAUAAAGGAGGUUUAGCUUCCUGAGAAUUUGUUCAGGACUGUUCAGUUUUUCUUUGUUUGCACAGAAAAUUUACAUAUGUUUCAUAGUGACACAUAUCAAAAUGAAAAAUGUAGCCUAAUUAUCACUGUAGUUCUAUAUACAGCUGUAUAUAACUUGUUCCAGUUUCUCUAUAUUAUCAAUCUGUGACUAUUUAAAAAUAUUAAAUGGUGUUAUUUAUAGCUUUAGCCAGUUAAUUUAUUAAAACACAAUAUUUAUCUGUAUGAAUUAAUUAUUUGAAAAUUUAACAUGACUGCAAGGAAAAUAAGUUAAUGAAGUUUUGUGGCAUUUUAUGUUAAAAUUUGAAAUUUUGUAUUGUGCAAAAUUAUAUUUUCUCAAAAAAAAAAAAUACAAAAAGCAUGUCUGGAAGAUCCCAAAUCCAUAUUUUUUUGGGAGCACCCAUCAUUGCAACCCCACUGAAGGUGUCAGAGGAACAGAGUUUUUUGGUAGCCACUUCUGAAACAUGGAAAGAACUCCACCUUUCAUCUGACAAACAUGCCUUCCAUCUUUUUGCUGGAAAAUGCAAAAGCAUGGAUCAUGUGGAACAUCAGGCACCAGACCCUAGAGACCCAACUGUUCACACAAAAGAUCAUUUCUCUGUGAACUCUGAAACGGGAAGGUUUGGAGUGGCAGAAGAUUAUUUAACAUCAUGUGUACCUGUAGUUGGAGAGAUGGAAACUCAUGGCAGUACAUGGAAGAGGACUGGUGAUGUAGCUUCCUAUGGUUAUCAAAUAUCUGGAGAUAGAGACACAUGCAAAAAUAUGAGUCAAGUUGAAUAUCAACAGCUUCCUCAUAUAUUUACAAAAACAGAUGGACAGUGUACAAAAUCCUCAAAUUACUGUUUUCCAAACCUCUCUGAAAAAGGUGUCAGCCAUCUGGAAGAUAAGUGCUGUGAUAUUUCUGAUUUGGUUUCCAGUACUAAACAGAUUAGCAUAGAUUUAAGGUCUAUGGAAAAAGAAGAUGUUCCAUCAGACAAUCAUAGUGUCCAUCAUGAACAUCUUAGUCAGUACCUGGAAAUGUUUUUUCCCAAAAUAGCAAAGGAUUCAAAUACAAAAAAAACACUGCAUGAUUGUUCAGACUUUGCGAUAUCAACAGACACCGAAUUUCUUAGUAUAAUGACAUCGAGUCAAGUUGCCAUUCUUGCACAAAAGCACUUUAAAGAACAGAAUAAAAUGCAGAAAGGAGCCAUGAAACUAAAGGGAAUAGAAGCAGGAAAAAAAUAUGGAGAAAAUAAAGUCGUUUUAAAUGAAUCUUUCCAGACUAAUUUUGUUGUCGGAGAAUGCACUAAUGUGGCAGAGACUGACCAGCAACAAGAGUCUGCAAACUCCCUUGAACUUUUCAGUUCGGAGAGUGCUGAGAACAUUGUCUGUCUGGAGUCUACAAGAAGGAAAACAAGUUCUAUGGAAAAUGCAGAGGACUCUCAAGAACUUGUCAGUGUUGCUGAUGAACAUCUGCUGAAUGAGAUCCAUAUUGAACCACUGAACACAGGACUAUUGUGCUCCCAACUAGAUAAUUAUUGUAAAGGCUCUUCUAAAAGAGCCCGAACAUCUGAAGAUGCCCUAAAUAUUUCUUACUCUACACUUAAAAUUCAGCAGACAUCAAAGAGAGCUAAAUUGAUUUGUUCUCCAACCAGUCCUGAAACAAAAGUGGCUCAAGAGAUGUUUUGGAAACGUCAGAAGAAUCUGUUGCUACUUAAAAACUGCUGCUGCAAGAGCCAGAAGUACAGUGUUUUGGUCACAGUAGUACAUCCUUGUCAUGUCAAAGAAAUACAAAUAAAGUCAAGACCAAAAUCUUCCUCUAAAGUUCCCAUAGCAACUAUUGUAGUUACUGACCAGUCAGAAAUAGAGAGGAAGGUUGUGCUGUGGCGGGCUGCUGCAUUUUGGUCACUCACAGUGUUUCCUGGAGAUAUUGUACUACUUACAGAUGUCACUGUGUAUGAGAACCAUUGGUAUGGAGAAAUGAUGCUGCAGUCAACAUUUACCAGUCAGUUAUUUAAUCUGGGGAGCUGCUCAGCUAUCGAUCCCAAAGAAUUUUCCCAUGUUGUAGACGUUGAUGUUCUCCAAGAUUUAUUGGCAUAUGUAUCUUCAAAAUUUGCCUACUUCAGAGAUCUCCCACACAGACAACCGCAGAAGUUGGAUCGCAUACAGCAUGUCCAGCUAAACCGACUUCAGCCAGAUACAUUGGUGCAUUCAGUACUAAAACUUGUCAGCAUCACUAUACUAACAG